AUGGACGUCGUAAAUCAGCUGGUGGCUCAGGGUCAGUUCCGGGUCCUGAAGGUUCCUCUGGGCUUCAUUAAGGCUUUAGAAUGGUUUUUCGCCAUCUUCGCCUUCUCCACCUGCGGGAGUUAUUCUGGGAUGUUCCGGAUGUCGGUGGACUGUAAGAACCAGACGGACAGCGACCUGAGCAUAGAGGUGGAGUUUGAGUACCCGUUCAGACUCCACCAGGUGUAUUUCGACUCCCCCACCUGUCAGGGUGGGAACAAGGACCGACUCUUCCUGGUUGGUGACUACUCGUCCUCGGCCGAGUUCUUCGUCACCAUCGGCGUCUUCGCCUUCCUCUACUCCACGGCGGCUCUCAGCAUCUACGUCUUCUUCUUUGAGAAGUACAAGGAGAACAACAAGGGUCCCCUGAUCGACCUGGGUGUGACCGGAGUGUUUGCCUUCAUGUGGCUCGUGAGUUCAGCAGCCUGGGCCAAAGGUCUGUCCGACGUGAAGACGGCGACGGACCCUGAUAAAGUAGUCACUCUGAUCCCCGCCUGCAGAGUUUCAGGGAACACCUGCCGUGAGGUCCACGACCCGGUCAUGUCUGGACUCAACACCUCUGUGGCUUUCGGUUUUAUUAACCUGGUCCUGUGGGUGGGGAACCUCUGGUUCGUCUUCAAGGAGACGGGCAUCAUCGCCCCCUUCAUGCGAGCUCCGCCUCCUCAGGAGAAGCACGCAGCACCAGACGCCUACGGCCAGCAGGGGGCGUACGAACAGGACCCGUACGCCAGCAACCAGGGAGGAUACCAACCCGACUACAGCCAGCAAGGAUACAACCAGGAUGCAGAGUACGGUCAGGGCUACGCCCAGCAGGGGGCGCCCACCUCGUUCUCCAAUCAGAUGUGAACUGACAGGAAGCAGGAAGCGUCGGAGUGAACCACAGUGGGUCGCCUGCAAACUACCCACAAUGCAACACUCCUGUCUGUCUGCAGAGUAAGUGGGUGGGGGGGGUGGGGGGGAUAGAUGUUCACUAUAAUGAGUCGAUGUGUAAAUGAGAAGAGAGAGUUAUAAACAAUAAAUCCACGACUUGAA